UUCCUUUUAGGUCUAGCGCCUUAGGGUUUUUCCAGGGUUUGGGCGACGAUGAAGGUGAGAGUGAUCUCUCGAUCGGAGGAGGCGUUCACUCGCGAGCGAUCCCAGGAUGUCACCAAGGUAUUCCGCAACCUCGAUCCCCGCCUCCACCCGAUGGAGCGCGCCCAGGAGUACACGCGCGCGCUCAAUGCCGUCAAGCUCGACAAGAUCUUCGCCAAGCCCUUCAUCGGCGCGCUCUCGGAUCACAGGGACGGCGUCUCGUGCAUGGCCAAGAAUCCCAGCCGCCUCAAUUGCCUCGUCUCGGGCGCCAUGGAUGGAGAUGUCCGCCUCUGGGAUCUCGCCUAUCGCAAGACCGUGGCAGAGUUUCCAGGCCACAAUGGGGCCGUGAGAGGGGUCUCCAUUUCCAGCGAUGGAGAUUUCCUGGUUACCUGUGGAGACGAUUGCACUGCUCGGCUCUGGGAGCUUCCAGCGGCGGAGAUUGGAGAGGUCUCGGGUGGCGUGAAGCACUGCGAACCUGUGAUGGUUUUCCAGGACAAGAACUCUUUCCGAGCAGUGGAUCACCAGUGGGAGAAGAAAGUCUUUGCUACUGCUGGAGCCAACGUUUCGGUGUGGGACUAUAACAGGUCCGAAGCAAUGACGAGCUUUUCCUGGGGAUCCGAGACAGUGGUAUCGGUGAAGUUUGAUCCGGCCGAGCCGGACGUGUUCGUCACCACGGGGAGUGAUCGAAGCAUCUGCCUCUACGACUUGAGGAUGAACACUCCACUGCGGAAGCUUGUCAUGCAGACUAGAACGAACGCGGUUGCUUGGAAUCCUCGCGAGCCUUUCAACUUCACGGCCGCCAACGAGGACUGCAACUGCUACACUUACGACAUGAGGAAGCUCAAGUUUGCGAAGUGUAUCCACAAGGAUCACGUCUCGGCGGUGAUGGACGUGGAUUUCUCCCCGACUGGGAGGGAGUUUGUGACGGGGUCUUACGACAGGACGGUGAGGAUUUUCUCCUACAAUGGUGGCCACAGCAGGGAGAUUUACCACACGAAGCGCAUGCAACGUGUUUUCAGCGUCAGGUUCAGUGGGGACGCGACGUACGUGAUGUCCGGCAGCGAUGACACCAACAUCCGUCUGUGGAAGGCCAAAGCAUCGGAGCAGCUCGGCGUGCUACUUCCGAGAGAAAGGGCCAAGCACGAAUACCUUGACGCCGUGAAGCAGCGGUACAAACAUUUGGACGAAGUCAAGAGGAUUGACAGGCACAGGCAGCUUCCUAAGGCGGUUUUUAAGGCGAAGAAGUUGAGGCAGGAAAUGACCGAGGCGGCCAGAAAGAAGGAGAGCAGGAAGAGAGCACACAGUGCUCCCGGGAGUAUGCCUCGUGAGGCAGCGAGAAAGAAGAGGAUCGUAGCGGAGCUGGAGUAGUUUGGCAUGCAAGUUUCAGUUCAGUUUACUAGGUGGUUUGAGCGUCACUCGACAGGCAGCAAAAGUCCAGGGAACAGCUUUCAUCUCCAGUCAGAAAGUUUUACGGAUCUGGUCUGUAGAGCUUGAGGAGAUUCGCCAUCCUUUUCACAGGGGAUUCGCUUCAAGUUGGAAGAGAAUCCAGGAGGUGCUUCCAGGCUGCUGCAGGCUUCAAUGAGUGAGGACUUAUGAUUGGUCUUUGGGAUCGUGCGUAAAAGUCUCGAGGUGGCGAUUUUCUUAAGUCGGGGAAUUCGCUUUCUUUAAGCGGUGAGCACCGAUUCGUAUCCAAAGAGACAAUCGAGUACGUACCGAGUGGUGGGGGCUGAGGCCUGUGCACGACAAGUUAUCUGGGAUUUAAUUACGACAGCAAAGAGGAGGUGCAAAACAU